AUGGCAACAACCAUGUUUUAAUAAAAUGAAGCCAAUUUCAAAAAUAAAGUUGAUGAAUUCAAUAAUCUUUAUAAAUAAUAUGCACUUACACAAACUAAACAAUUAGUUUUUGAGAAAAUGAAACUUGUUUUUGUUUAAGCUGAACAAUAAGUAAUUUUAUUAUCAAUAUAAAUUUUCAAGUUCAAAUUCAUGGAAAUCGAAUUUGGAUCUUUUACAGAUCUUCAUUAAAAAGACUUUUCUUUAAAUAUGAAAUCAAACAAAUUAUUAUACGUUGAAUGUUAAAAGAAACUAAAAGAUUUAUAAUUUGAUCUUGAUAAACUACCCUUCUCUAAUUCUAGUAGUGGCAAUAAAAAAUAAAACACUUCACAAAUAAUUGGACUUAAUUCAGAUCUACAUGUUUAAACUAAAUAAUUAGAAACAUUAGAUUCUCGUCUAUUAGAAGCAGAAGAUACACAAUUAUCUAUUUUAGAUAAUUUACGUAAUCAAAAAGAAAAAUUACUCAAAGCUAUUGAAGAUGUAUUUCAUUCUACUUAAUCUUACAGACUAAAGAAAUCUAAGUUGGAGUCAAUAUGACUUAAAGACAUGCCACCAUGAUCAAGAAUCGUCAAUCCUAUAACAAAGGUAUACUCCUAUCCUUAAUAUGCAUCUUAACCAUUGGAAACAUACUUAUUUUAUAUUACAAAUUUAUUAGUUGA